AUGAGCUCGAUGAUUUUCAUCCCUACCGCUCGAGUUUUUAAUGCGUUGAAUCUCAGAAUGUACGCUACUCGAUCGUCUCGCAAAUCCCUAAAUCUUCGUUCCGAUUCCACUUCAGAAGCAGCCAAUGGAGCUUCCGAGUCUGAGAAUCGAGUCUCUUUAAGGCAGAAGAGGCUAAAGCAGGAAGAUUUGAAACCUGUGGAGCUAGAUCCCAGCAGAGGAAUCAAUGCCCAUAAAGAGAUGUGUGGAUUACCUGAUAUAGAAGAGUGUUCUUCUUACAAGAAGACAAAUGGAUCUCCUUUAUCUAGCAGACCACCUGAAAACUGGGAAAAGGUGCUCGACGGUAUUCGAAGAAUGAAAUCUUCGGAAAAACCACCAGUUGACACUAUAGAAUGUGAUAGAACCGGAAGUUUUUUACCUCCCAAGGAAAGGCGAUUUUAUGUCCUCAUAGGAACACUCCUUUCAAGUCAGACUAAAGAUCACAUAACUGGUGCGGCAGUAGAACGUCUUCAUCAAAAUGGCCUUCUCACUCCCGAAGCCAUUGACAAAGCCGAUGAAUCAACCAUAAAGGAAUUGAUCUACCCGGUCGGGUUCUAUACUAGAAAGGCUACUAAUGUGAAGAAAGUUGCAAAAAUUUGUCUCACGAAAUAUGACGGUGACAUUCCAAGAUCUUUGGAAGAACUACUCUCACUUCCAGGAGUUGGUCCUAAGAUUGCUCAUCUGGUUUUGCAUAUAGCAUGGAAUGAUGUUCAAGGGAUAUGUGUAGACACUCAUGUGCAUCGCAUUUGCAACCGACUUGGUUGGGUGUCUAAACCAGGAACAAAACAGAAAACGUCAUCCCCUGAGGAAACUAGAGUAGCUCUGCAACAAUGGCUUCCAAAAGAAGAAUGGGUUGCUAUUAACUUUCUUUUGGUAGGUUUCGGACAAACGAUAUGCACACCGCUAAGACCACGAUGUGGAACUUGUAGUAUCAGUGAGCUGUGCCCUUCUGCCUUCAAGGAGAUCCCAAGAGCAUCAUCAAAGUCGAAGAAACCUAUCAAAAGCAAGAAGGUUUAA